AUGGAACACAUCGAUAGGGCCUUGUAUUUCAACCGAAUUUCUGGUGGAUCCUUUCGAGCAGCAUGUCGAUUGGAAAACUCCAGGCCUUCAGAUCAGAAACGAUACCUUGUGUUGCUCCCAAGGAAUGCUACCACCAACAAAAGCGGACAAUUGGUGCAUCCAGUCCAAGUGGGGGAAAUCUCCACGAUCCUUCCAGCCGCCUGUGACUCAUCAUUUAACGUAAAUACACCAGGCAUUGCUAUAAGAAGCAUUGUUUCGUUGAAGAAACAGAGUGUAUCACUCAGUGAUGGAAAGUUCAAAACAACGAGACACUGGUUCGACCUGCCGAAAUCCGUUGUUGCCAGACCACUGAAGGAAAUUGCAAGAGAAGUAUUUUUGAAGCGCUUCUCCGAGGAUGAUCUGGAAAGGUUGGAGUCCAAGUAUAUACUCGAUGUUACCAUUGCGGGAUCAGAAAAAAAGGAGGAGGCAGACACCAUUAUUGAUGGCCAUGAUGAAGUUUUUGCCAACACAAUAAUCGAGUUGCCUCAGGUGGAUGACUGGGAGGAUCACUCUGAGGAUGAGUGA